AUGGUAACAUCUAUCUAUCUAUCUAUCUAUCUAUCUAUCUAUUUCUCUAUCUAUUUAAGUGUAUUCACAUUUCUUUCUAAGUCUGUUCAUAUCUAUCUAUCUAUCUAUCUAUCUAUCUAUCUAUCUAUCUGUGUUUCUCAUACUGUUCAUAUCUAUCUACCUAAUUUCAGAAUAUGCUUCAUUUCUUGUUUUGUUCUUUCUUUCUUUCUUUCUUUCUUUCUUUCUUUCUUUCUAACCAACAACAUUUGUUCCGCCCAUCGAUAUAUCUCUCUUUCUCUUCUUCUCUCUCUCUCCCUCUCUCUGUUACUUCAUUAUUACUUAAUUUUUCAGUGCUCCUUAUGUGACAUAUUUCUUUCUUAUUUCACUAUCUUUAUUUCCCCCCUCACUCUUUCUCUCCUUUACUCUCUAUUUUUCUACUGUCAUUUUAUUUCUUACUCUCGCUCUCUCUCUCCCUCAUUCUCUGUUAAUUCACUAUUACCUACUUUCUCACUUUUUCUCUCUCACAGUCUAAGUUACCUCACUAUCACUUUUUCAUUCCCUCCUUCUCUCACUCCCUUGUUAAUUUCUUUCUGUCUCUCUCUUUCUCACUCUCGAUCUGACCUUCACUCUCUCCCUAACUAUCUGUUAUUUCACUAUCACUGCUUUUCUCACUAUCAUUCUCUGGUACUUCUCUAUUUCUUUCUUUAUCACUCUCUCUCUCUCUCUCUCUCUCUCUCUCUCUCUCUCACUUUUUCAUUUCUUAAUCACUCUAUUUCUAUUAACUUUCUUUUCACGCUCUCCCUCGCUCUCGUUUUCUAUCGUUUGCUUUUCUUUCUUUGUUAUUUUUCUUCGUUUCUUUUUUUCUUCUUUUCCUACAUUUUCUGUCUAUACUUUUUUCUUCUGAUUAUUUUCUUCAGUUUUCUUUUCUUUUGCCCGACCUCCCCAUUUUCUCUUUUUUUUUUUAUUCUUCUUCUCUUUCUUCCAUUAUCUGAUUUUAGUAUUAACCUUCCGGAGUUUCCUCUUUUAUUAUUUUUUCUUUUUUUUACUUUCUUUUUUGCCCUUCUUACACUCAAUACUUCAUCUUUUCUGUCUUUCUUAGUUUCCUUUAUCCACUCAUAUUCUCUUCUUCUUUUCCUUUUUUUUCUCAAUAACGACUUUUAUUUCCUGCUGAACGCGCGAAAAUAUAUUGUUUGUUUAUCAUUACUCGGCGACUGUGAAAAACGCCAAUUAGAAUAA